GGCCCAAAAACCCUUCGUCCCUCUCACUUCGCUUCUCUUGUCCCCUCCCCCAUCUCUGCGAUCCAAAGGCGGCGGCGGCGGCGAGCUCGGUGGCAUGGCGAUGCGGCUGGCGGCGGCGGCGGCGUUCGUGCGACGCCUCGUGCCGGCGCGAAAUCCGGUGAUCUCGGCGGAGGCGGAGGCGGUGACCUGCGGGCGCGGGGACAAGAAGACCAAGCGCGGGAAGCGGUUCAAGGGCUCCUACGGCAACGCGCGGCCGAAGCGGGAGAAGAAGAUCGAGCGCAUCAAGGACCGCGUCGAGGUGCCCCGCUCCACCCCGUGGCCGCUCCCCUUCAAGCUCAUCUGAGCCAAAGCCCAGCGCGAGCUCCCCCCCGUCGGUUCGUGAGGCUACCUAGGGUUUUCCUUUCCCUUUUUCGAUUUGGUACUCUUGUCCAACUCUUGCGCCUGCGCCCACGCUUGCGUGGGCACGCAUCGUUUUUUUAGUUCCUCAUAUUGGGCUGUGUCAGAUAUGUAUUGUCGAAUCAAGCUGCCAUAUCGCAACAUUGUAGAAUGCAGUCCAUAUGGACGAAAAUAUCAUCACCAUGUUUGUUUGUCCAGUGUCCUUUUGCUGGGUGUCAUCUGGAUGGUGAUAAUACGCAGUUUAUGAUAAUUGGAAAUGGAAUUUACGGUUUUGGAUUGA